ACGGCGUUUAGGGUCACAGCUGGGGAAAAGAGGACGACCUGCAAAAUCAUUUCUUGAGCGAAGGGAAAAGAAGAGCUCUACUAAAGCGGUCGAAAAACUCAAAUCUCGCUGCGACGCUCGACAUUGAUUCUGUUCCCAAUCCAUUUGGCCGAAGUUAAUCGAUCCGAAUAUGAGUCCCGCUGAUUCCAACCAGGCGAACCACAAUAUUCUCUUCCCGGAAGCUCCAAUUCAAAGAACCCAGUAUCCUUAUGUGACUGGUACAUCCGUGGUUGCCAUCAAAUACAAAGAUGGGAUUUUAAUGGUUGCUGAUUUGGGAGGCUCCUAUGGUUCUACACUGCGGUAUAAGAGUGUGGAGAGAAUCAAAGCUAUUGGAAAACAUUCUCUACUUGGUGCUAGUGGUGAAAUUAGUGACUUUCAGGAGUUAUUGCGAAAUCUUGAUGAGCUCAUGUUGUAUGAUAACAUGUGGGAUGAUGGUAAUGCUUUGGGGCCAAAGGAGAUCCAUAGCUACUUAACUCGAGUGAUGUAUAACAGGCGGAACAAGUUCAACCCACUUUGGAACUCACUUGUUCUAGGUGGGGUGAAGAAUGGGCAAAAGUAUCUUGGCACGGUUAAUAUGAUUGGUGUAACUUUUGAAGAUGACCAUGUUACUACUGGUUUUGGCAAUCACCUUGCACGGCCAAUUCUUCGCGAUGAGUGGCACGAGAACCUGACUUUUGAAGAAGGUGUGAAAUUGCUGGAGAAAUGCAUGAGGGUACUCUUGUACCGUGAUAGGUCUGCUGUCAACAAGCUCCAGAUUGCAAAAAUAACUGAGGAAGGUGUGACAAUCUCCCAACCCUACUCUUUGAAAACAUUCUGGAACUACUCUGCUUUCGAGAAUCCAACUUCUGGUGCUGAGGGGUCAUGGUAGAUUGGAGCUGCCUCGUUUAUCUCAGAUUCCAUUUCUGUGAAUCGUUCUUCAGAUCAACAGAUGUGAAACAAUUGACAGAUCAAAGUUAGAUUCGUCUUAGAUACUCGUUCCUAUCUUGGAUUUGUAUGGAAUCUCUACUUAAAACUAUCAGUUAUAUCCAACUCAGUGAAUGCUUGAUUUGAUUGUCUUGACUUCUUUUUUUAAUCACAAUCGGUUGCUUUUUCAUUGUUAA